AUGAACUUGGGAGAAUAUAAGGAGAAUUUGACAAGGGGUGCCCUGCAUGUGAUACAACACCUGUGGCUGUACAUAUUGAUGGCAACAAGAAACUGUAUCGUUACAACAAAGUUGGGAGAGGGAUCAGAAACUCAUAUUAUUCUGGUGGUAUCUUCGCUUGUGACAAAGAAGUUCAAGAUCACGUUUCCACUAUUCAGAACCUUAAAACUCAAUAGCCAUAUGUGUGGAGUGUCGACAUUGAAAGCUGCCAAAAAUAAACCUGUUUCAUUUAGAAGUUUGGAUGAAACCGGCAUAAGCAUGGCUUCCUGUCGACAUGGAAUUAUUCUUGCUGCAUUAAAUAUGUAUCAGGGAGAGCUCUACAGUUAUGCCCACUAUUUGCAAAUGAACCGUUUACAAAAUGUGUCCUUCAUAUGCCAGGAUAUCAUCUGUAAAUACUGGCCAUGGGCCUUAAAGAUUUCAUCAAGAGAACAGAAGUUCUCACUUGGGCAAGGAAAGCCUUUUUUAGGAGUCCUACAUGCCAAAGGACAUUCUUGGUAUUGUCAGGUUUUGUAUGGAGGGCGGUGGCAAGAAGGAAGUGGCCUGACAUCUGGGGAGGAGGCAGAGCAAGUAUUUUCCUACCUUUCAAGAUAUAACAAUAACACUAAGAACAUGUUUAAAGCUGCCACAAAGACAGCUGCAGCAGUUUUAAAUGAGAUUCACAGGCUUAAUGUCCCAGAAUCUGUUAUUGAGAAAUGGAGAUCAGAAUUACUGAUCAUUGCAAGAUCCUUAAAUAACAGAUCCUCUGCCAAUAACAUUGAGCAUACUAUCGAGGCAUAUGGAGAGAAUAUAAGGCAUCGCAAAAAUCAGAUUACCACUUAUGCAGUUUCAUCUAAAAUGAGAGCUGUAUUGAGAAACAAAAAUGAAGUUGAGAAAAAAAAACUACGAGAUCUCAUAAAAAUCUACAAUCAGAACCAUCCGGAUUUGUCUGAAGCAGAUGUUUUAACUGGCAUCCUUCCAUGGCACAAUUUAUUGCUUCAUCAAAACACAAGUGUGUCCCUGACUGAAAAAAGAAGUGCAGUGGAAAAGUUUGAGCUCCAGAAGAGAUGUAGAGAGGAGGAAUCACUAACCAUUCAAGAAAUGAUAACAUGGUUACAGUACUACAAAAAGAAAAGGGACAAACUAUCCGAGUAUAUUCAAGAAUUACAAUGUGAUUCUUUCCCUUCAUGUCUCUGCAAGGAUUCUAACACGUACACAAUUGAAAACCCAAUUCUGUCAGAAGAAGAGAAACGUGGAUUAUUGGCUCUUCUCAAUCAGGGUCAAAAGCAAUGUGCUGACAAGCUUACUGAAGCCAAACAUUUAUUUAGUUCCUACCAGCCAAAUGAGGUCUAUGAGCCUUUCUUGGAGCUCUUAGAAAGUGAUGAAGAUGAAGACAUGUAUUUACAAAAUGAAUAGAUACAAAUGAACAAAUCCACAAGGGCCAUGAUGAGGGUUCGAACCUAUGUCCGAGAGGAUCCCACACGAGCCUUAAUGGACUGUGUUACGACAUGGCAAAAGAAUUCCAACCGGGAGUUCAACU